AUGAAGAAGCAGCAGCAGCUCCGUUCCUCAUGCAAGAAGUGCAGCAAUGGAUUCCCCAUGCCUUUCCUUCGCUGUGCUGCUCUUGUGGUGGUGGUGCUGCUGCUCUCCAUGGCCUCUCCAGCCAGUUCUUGCACUGAGGGGGAGAAGGGCUCCCUCCUGCAGUUCCUGGCUGGGCUGUCGCGGGACGGCGGCCUCGCGGAAUCGUGGAAGCGGAACAGCACCGACUGCUGCGUGUGGGAAGGGAUCACCUGUGGUGCAGAUGGGUCAGUGACAGAUGUCUCACUGGCUUCGAAGGGCCUUGAGGGGCGCCUAUCACCGUCGCUGGGCAACCUCACCAGGCUUCUGCGCCUCAACCUGUCUCACAACUCGCUGUUGGGUGGCCUGCCGCUGGAGCUGGCGUCGUCCGACAGCUUCGUUGUUCUUGAUGUCAGCUUCAACCGCCUCGGAGGAGACAUGGAAGAGCUGCCAUCUUCAAUGUCUGCCCGGCCUCUGCAGGUAUUGAACAUCUCGAGCAACUUGUUCACAGGAGGGUUUCCAUCCACGUGGAAAGUGAUGAACAACCUGGUCGCGCUCAACGCCAGCAACAACAGCUUCACUGGGCAAAUACCGAGUCAUUUCUGCAGCAACUCGUCAUUGUUAGCUGUGGUUGAGCUCUGUUACAACCAAUUUACAGGCAGCAUCCCUCCAGGACUUGGCAACUGCUCCAUGCUCAGAGUGUUCAAGGCUGGACACAACCACCUCAGGGGGGCUCUCCCCAAUGAACUCUUUGAUGCUUCCUUACUGGAGUACCUCUCGCUUCCGGACAAUCAUUUAGAUGGAAAGCUCGAUGGCGCACAGAUAAUCAAGCUCAGAAAUCUGGCUAACCUAAAUCUUGGAGGGAACAAUUUCAGCGGCAAGAUUCCCGACUCAAUAGGCCAGCUCAAGAACUUAGAGGAGUUGCAUUUGGACCACAACAACAUGUCAGGAGAGCUGCCGUCAGCUCUGAGCAACUGCACAAAUCUCAUAACAGUCGAUCUCAAGAGCAACCGCUUCAACGGAGAACUUACCAAGGUCAACUUCUCAAGCCUGCUCAGUCUAAGGAAUUUAGAUCUUCUGUACAACAACUUCACCGGCACAAUUCCAGAAAGCAUAUACUCUUGCAGCAAGUUGGCUGCACUGCGGAUAUCUGGCAACAACUUGCAUGGGCAGCUUUCACCAAGAAUAGCCAGUUUAAAAUCCCUUACUUUCCUAUCACUUGGUUUCAACAAUUUUACAAAUAUCACAAACACACUCCAGAUACUCAAGAACUGUAGAAACCUCACUUCCCUACUUAUUGGGGGGACCAACUUCAAGGGCGAGUCCAUGCCAGAAGAUGAAAUUGUUGAUGGUUUUCAGAAUCUUCAGGUUCUUUCAAUAGCUAGUUCCUCGUUGUCUGGAAACAUACCCCUUUGGCUAUCAAAGCUGACAAAGCUGGAGAUGUUAUUUUUGCAAGAUAACCAACUCAGUGGCCCAAUACCAGGCUGGAUCAAAAGCCUAAAGUUACUGUUCCAUCUAGACAUAUCACAUAAUAACAUUACAGGUGAAAUUCCAACAGCCUUAAUGGAGAUGCCAAUGCUCAAUUCAAAUAAGAUUGCGCCCCGUUUGGACCCAAGAGCCUUUGAACUGCCUGUUUAUGCAACUCCGUCACGAGAAUAUCGGAUAACCAGUGCUUUCCCUAAGGUGUUGAAUCUAGGAAAUAAUAACUUCACCGGCAUGAUCCCUGAGGAGAUUGGUCAGUUGAACUCGCUUGUUAUACUGAACUUAAAUUCCAAUAGCUUAUCAGGAGAGAUACCACAGCAGCUCUGCAACCUGAAAAAUCUGCGGGUGCUGGACUUAUCUAGCAAUCAUCUCACAGGUAUAAUCCCAUCGGCACUGAAGAACCUGCACUUCCUUUCAGCAUUCAACAUUUCCCACAAUGACCUCGAAGGACAAAUUCCAGAUGGAGUCCAGCUAAGUACAUUCACAAAUUCUAGCUUUGAGGGGAAUCCAAAGUUGUGUGGCCAUAUUCUUCAUCGCAGUUGUGAUUCAACUGAAGGACCAUCGGGCUUCAGAAAACACUGGAGCAAGAAAUCCAUUAUGGCAAUUACAUUCAGUGUGUUCUUUGGAGGAGCUGCUAUUCUUUUUGUGCUCGGGGGUCUCCUUGCAACAUUCAAGCAUAUCAGUUUCAUAACCAAAAACAGGAUCAGCAAUAACGGUGAUGUGGAAGCUAUUUCAAUUGAGACUGGUUCAGAAGAAUCAUUAGUGAUAGUGCCACGAGGCAAGGGAGAAGAAAGUAACCUCACAUUCGCUGACAUUGUGAAGGCUACAAAUAACUUUCACCAGGAGAACAUCAUCGGGUGCGGAGGUUAUGGACUGGUCUAUAAGGCUGAUUUACCUGAUGGCCUCAAACUGGCUAUCAAGAAGCUUAAUGAUGACAUGUGUCUGAUGAACAGGGAAUUCACUGCAGAGGUUGAUGCACUCUCAAUGGCACAGAACGACAACCUUGUACCGCUCUGGGGUUAUGGCAUGCAGGGAGAUUCAAGGUUCCUCAUAUAUCCCUACAUGGAGAAUGGCAGCCUGGACGACUGGCUUCACAAUGGGGAUGGUGGUGCAAGUUCAUUUCUUGACUGGCCAACACGGCUCAAGAUCGCACAAGGAGCAAGCCAGGGCCUUUCUUAUAUCCAUGGUGUCUGCAAGCCUCACAUUGUCCACCGUGACAUCAAGUCCAGCAACAUCCUGCUUGACAAAGAAUUCAAAGCUUAUGUUGCAGAUUUUGGGCUCUCCAGGUUGAUUGACAGUCAAACCCAUUUCACAACUGAGCUAGUUGGCACUCCGGGCUACAUCCCACCUGAGUAUGGACAAGGAUGGGUUGCUACACUGAGAGGUGAUAUGUACAGUUUUGGCAUGGUCCUACUUGAGCUGCUCACUGGAAGGCGGCCUGUCCUGGUCUUGUCUUCAUCAAAGGAACUUGUGAACUGGGUACAGGAGAUGAAAUCAGAAGGGAAGCAGCUUGAGGUCCUGGAUCCUACACUCCGAGGCACAGGGUAUGAAGAGCAGAUGUUGAAGGUGCUCGAAGCCGCUUGCAAGUGUGUCCACUGUAAUCCUUUCGUGAGGCCAACCAUACAGGAGAUAGUCUCCUUCCUUGAAAGUAUAGACACCAAGCUGCAGACACAAAAUUCAGUUAAGAUAGAAAGUGGUUAGACAUUAUUAUCUUGUAGUCAAUUGCACAUGGCAGAUGUAGCUUACAUCUAAUUAGUACUGACUAUCUUAUACUCCCUCCGUUCCUAAAUACUUGUCUUUCUAGAGAUUUCAACAAAUGACUACAUACGGAGCAAAAUGAGUGAAUCUACACUCUAAAAUAUGUCUAUGUACAUCCGUAUGUGGUAACCAUUUGAAAUCUCUAAAAAGACAAAUAUUUAGGAACGGAGGGAGUAGUUCUUUUGCAUGGCUGCUAACAGGUUAAAGUUUGUAAUUCAUUCAUGGCCUUCCUUUUCUCAAAUCAUCAUACACUCCAUGGUUAAACAAGUGU